CCAACAACUUUGCUCAGAGCCGCUGUUUUCCUUCCAGCAGUCUUUCCUCAGUUCUCUUCCUCUACUCUCUCGUAGCUUCCGCACAUAGCAUCCAAUUCUCUUCCUCCUCUCGCUGUAUAAAUUUCCCCGUCGAAGCUUCUCGAUUGCUGUCAAACUUCAACCACCCAAAGAUACGAUCCUCAGUCUUCUGCUGCCAUAGCCAUUCCACUUCCAGGACUAACGACCUCGAAGCUCAGCUUUAAUGGCGGCGGCGACCGGCUUGGAGAAGCCGGUGAUGGUGGUGGGCAUCGACGAGAGCGAUCACAGCAUGUACGCCCUCGACUGGACGAUCGACCGCUUCUUCGCCCCUUUCUCCUCCAAUCCACCCUUCAAGCUCGUGGUCGUCCACGCCAAACCUUCCCCCUCCACCGCCGCUGGCCUCGCCGGACCCGCUGCCGCGGAGGUGAUUACGUAUAUAGAGGCGGAUUUGAAGACGAUAGCAGCGAGAGUUUCAGAGAAGGCUAAGCAUAUUUGUUCUCGCAAAUCGAUUCAAGAUGUGAAAUUUGAAGUUGUGGAAGGUGAUGCGAGGAAUGUUCUCUGUGAGGCCGUGGAAAGGCACCAUGCAUCGAUCCUUGUUGUUGGUAGUCAUGGUUAUGGUGCCAUAAAAAGGGCGGUAUUGGGCAGUGUGAGCGAUUAUUGUGCUCAUCAUGCUCAUUGCACGGUGAUGAUUGUCAAGAGGCCGAAGAUCUAAAUAUUGAGGUGCUGCAGUGCUGCUUCAGUAAGAGUCCUUAUGGUUUGCCAUACACGUACAUGUCAUUUGGAUAUUCUCCGGUUUAUGUAAACCUUGUGUGCUAUUCUAUGAUUGAAUGGUUUGUCUAUGUAAUUCUACUAAAAGCACAAAAUUCAUCGAAUUAAGUGCUUUUAGCAACACCAUAGACGGGCAGUGUAUUAGAAUCCUCUGUUGCUGAGAAUCCAUGAGCUGUUACGUGAUGAUCCGUAAGACAUUGUAGAAAAACAUAUGUAUAUUCUGAUGUAUAAUCGUUGGAUACUCUGAAUUCAAGGUGAGUUGGGUCAGAUCUUAGUGCUUAGUUUAGACUAUAGUCAGUGAGUUUUUCUAUAUGAGCCACGGAGGACUCAGCGUGAUAACCUCCCGGCCAUUGAAUCAGUCUGUUUCAUGUCUGUCGAUUAUGCUUCUCUAGAUGUGAUGUGAAUCCAACUAAUGGAACGAAGAAGUUGUACUUA